GAGCAUCCUUAUAAACUUCCCAAGACAGCCACAGCAAAAAAGGAGUGAUCCUGAGAAAUCCUGGACAGUCCAGCUGCUGUUUCACUCGCACAUCCCAACCCGGCGGCUCCCAAUCGAAGGGAUUGGCUGAGAUGAAAACCCCCAUCACUUUCCUGCUGCUGCUGCUGCGGUUGGUGCUCCCAGCCCCUGUGAAGAUUGCAGAAGACUCCCCGUUGUAUCCCUAUGGACCAGCCCAAGGCGACCAGCAGAACCCCAAAGCUGAUGAUGGGGCAUCAUCGGAGAUCCCCAUCUCCAUGACCUUCACCUUCUACGGCAAGGAGCACCGUUCCCUCUAUGUGAACAACAAUGGCGUGGUGUCCUUCGGCGUGUCCGUCUCCCAGUACACCCCCGACCCCUUCCCCUUGGCUGAUGGCCGACCCUUUGUGGCCCCCUACUGGGGUGAUGUGAACAACAUCCUGGGUGGGGACGUCUACUACCGGGAGACCCGGGACCCCGAGCUGCUGCGCCGUCUCACCAGAGACAUCAACCAGUACUUCCCAGAGAUCCCCUUCACCGCCACGUGGGCCUUCGUGGCCACCUGGGACCAUGUGGCCUACUACGGCUCCACCUCCCAGAAGGGGAACACGUUCCAGGCCGUGCUGGCAAACGACGGCAAAGUCACCUUCAUCAUGCUGAACUAUGGCACAAUCCAGUGGACCACGGGCACAGCGAGUAGAGGAGACGCCAACACCGGCCUAGGGGGCACUCCCGCCCAGGCUGGCUUCAACAGCGGUGAUGACAAAAACUUCUACAACAUCCCGGGCUCCCGCACCGACGCCAUCCUCCACAUCGGGCAGACAAGCAAUGUCGGGGUUCAGGGCCGCUGGGUCUUCCAGGUGAAUGAUUUCAAAGUGACGGGGGUCCCCACUGAGAGCAACGACUGCUGGCUGUAAGUGGCACCAGCUCAAGAGUCACGCGCCCAGUUUGCAAACCUCAGAUCUCUGCCAGUCUCACUGCUCAUGCCAGCCCUACUUUCUCCAGAUGAAUCCAGGCCUGGCUCAGAGGGGCCCUUCCUCGACAUCAGCUGCUGGAAGUAUCCAGGCUUCUGCCCCGACUGGCAGGGCACCCCCUGCAGCCAGC